UUCAUUUAGUUUAUUCUCUUAAAUUUAUCUCAAAUUAACAACUAAAAAACAAUAGUCUAGACUAUUGAAAUAAAAAAGAAAGUAUAACAUAAUGGACAAUAAUGACUGUGAGGAUUCAACACAAAUAGAAAUCAACAUCACAAAUACAAACGCGAAUUCUCAAAUAGUUUUAAACGAUCUUCGCCUUCUCGAACUGAUCUACAUGUAUCCAUACCUAUUUAGCAAAGCGGUGGAUCCCCAAGAUGACAAGGACUACGAAGAGUGGGGUUGGGAGGAAAUAGCCAAGGCCUUCAACCAUGGGUACGAAGGCUUACAGCUCAGUACCCCCUUUUCCGUUGAGGAGCUCCGCUGGCGUUGGGACAUCUUGCGUUCCAUCUGUCCCUUGUUCACAAAACAACAGGACCGAUGGCCAAAACAACUGCACACUAUAAUGUGGAAAAUUAGCAAGAUGAUGGACGUCAAGCCGCGAGCGAACGUCAAGGGAGUUACUCCAACGCAAUUGUUUAUUCUCAAUCAGCUGCCGUUCAUUGAACAAUUGUCGCCGACACUGCAAAGGCAGUUAGAGGUAGAGGUACUGGAUGCCAUAUUUAGUGAAGAGCGCGAUGGGCGUUCAGUGUGCAAGUCACUCGGUGAAAAAGAAGCUCAAUUGGUGCAGAGCGAUUACGAUGAGUUUUUUAAGAAAAUAUGCGUCAAAGACCUGCCUAAAAGUAUUACUUCCAUCAGCAUCAACCGCAGCAACUUCAACAACCUGCAUUGCAUGCCAGAUCCAAAGCACCCACAGCCUGAACCAGAACAUACUCAUCCAGAACCACAGUCUGAACCUGAGAACCCACAGCCUGCAUCAGUGCAUUCACAGCCUAAACCAGAGCACUCACAAUCUAAAUCAGAGCCCCCACGGCCUGAACCAGAGCCAGAACCACAGUACACACAGUCUGAGCACCAACAAGCUGAACCAGAGCACCCACAGCCUGAACCAGAGUAUGCGUCUCCAGAACCACCAUAUCUUCUUAAAGUAGAGCAGCAGAAGCUACAGAGUCAGUCAGAAGUAGCACCCGUUCAAAAAGAUGAUCUUCAGCUGCGCUAUGUGCCGCUCAAGAGCGCCAAGCACUAUGUAAAGCGGGUUCAAGUGAGACUGAAGCGGUUGGAUCUGAAAGACCAUUUGCCUAUGUCGAAUGUGAGGCGGAAAAGCAAAAGGCGCUUUUAGUUGCGUUUUUUGGAAGUUGGAUAACAAUGUAAGUUCAUCAUAGAAGGGGUCUCUGAUCAGCUGAAAGAAGAUCAGAAACUGCCAAUAAAGAGGCUCGCUCAGUGCCAAAUACUACUUCAAUCUGAAAAACUUUAAAUAAGAAGGAUUAUACGCUUAGUUUUUUAUAU